AUGCAUCUGAAGGAUAAGUUAAACUUAGUCAACAGUAAAAGAAUCUGCAGCAACUGUUUCAGAGUAAACCACUUCGUUCGUAAAUGUACUUCCAAAUACAGCUGUCGGAUUUGCCAGAAAAAAUACCACACAUCUUUGCAUCCAGGAUUUGAGGCAAAUAGUUCAUCCAAUCCUAAUACUGAAGGCUCGCAAGCUGCCUCAAGCCCAGAACGAAAUGGAUCACGACAUGUGAAUAACGUAACAGCGCCUAGCUGUGCUCAGCCGGUGUCCCUGAACUCUUUGGUCAAGUCUCGCAGCGAAAGUGUUCUGUUGUCGACGGUUAUCCUAGUGAUACUAGAUGCUAAUGGAUGUGAACAUCUCACCCGAGCUCUACUGGACUCGGGCUCUCAGUGUAAUCUGAUGAGUGAACGAUUAUUUCAACAAUUACGUUUAACCCGAUCUCGUGUUACUCACAAUAUUUCUGGUAUUGGUGAAUCUCAAGUGCGUGUUAUUGGUUCGACCUCGACUACAAUCAAAUCCAGAACCGGCAAUUUUUCCACAAGUUUGGAUUGUAUGGUGUUACGCAAUCUCACUGCAACUCUCUCAUUCGUAAACACAUCUGGAACUGAUUGGAAAAUACCCACAGGAGUCACUCUUGCAGAUCCCGAAUACAAUAUCUCUCGGAAGGUUGAUUUAAUUAUUGGUGUGGAGCACUUUUACACAAUUCUGAAGGGUGGCCGGCUUCAGUUGAAUCACUCAAAUGCGAUGUUGGUGGAGAGUGAAUUUGGAUGGUUGCUAUCAGGAAAAGUCCCAACAAAUCCUCAACCAAAUACUUUAACGUGUUGUUUAUCUACGCUGGAAUCCAUUGAUCGAACUUUGGAAAAUUUUUGGAAAAUUGAGGACAUAAAUCAUAGAAUCCUUUCAUCUACCGAAAAGCAAUGCGAGGAUUUUUACCAGGAAACUGUAUCACGGGACCCAAGUGGGCGUUACGUCGUUAAAUAUCCUAAGAAGGAAAACUUUAGUUCGAUGAUCGGCGAAUCAUACUCCACUGCUGUCCGUCGGUUAGGAUAUCUCGAGCGUAAGCUGGAACGGAACAACGAACUGAAAACCAAAUACCACCAAUUCAUGGCUGAGUUCAUUUCAUUAAACCAUAUGCACAAAGUAGCGGAAGAGCAACGGGCAGCACCUGUGGUUUUUUACCUCCCACACCAUCCUGUUAUAAACGAGUCGAGUACAACUACGAAGGUGAGAGGCAUAUUCGACGCAUCAGCGAAAAGCAGUACCGGAUUUUCUUUAAACGAUUCGCUGUUAAUUGGACCUGUAAUUCAGGAUGACCUGUUGGCAAUCAUCCUGCGUUUUCGGAAAUACAAGGUGGCACUUCUGGCGGACAUUGAGAAAAUGUACCGCCAGAUUACAAUUCAUCCUGAUGACCGUGCAUUACAACGUGUAUUGUGGCGAUUCGACAGUUCCCAUCCAAUAAUGGAGUACGAGCUGACCACAGUGACGUAUGGUUUGGGGCCAUCUUCGUUUCUAGCAACGAGAACGCUUCAUCAACUGGCUGAAGAUGAAGGGAAAUCAUUCCCCCAUGCUGCAAAUUGUUUGAAACACGAUUUUUAUAUGGAUGAUUUCAUCCGUGGAGAAUCUACCAUAGAAAAGGCAAUCCAAUUGCGAGAAGACAUGGACAAACUGUUGAAAUCAGGAGGAUUCCGGCUAAGAAAAUGGGGAUCAAAUGAGAAAGCUGUACUGGAGAGUAUUCCAUUCGAAAAUCGUGCGAGUCAAGCUGAUCGAACGUUUGACACUGAUGACACUAUCAAGACAUUAGGUAUUGUCUGGGAACCGGCAACUGAUAUGUUCCGAUUCGAUAUCCAACCAAUUCAAAUCAACGACUUUAUUACAAAACGAAGUAUUCUAUCAUGCAUUGCGAAAUUGUAUGACCCUCUCGGGCUAAUCUCUCCCAUCGUAAUUCGAGCGAACCUACUACUCCAACAUUUGUGGACCUUAUCAUUGGACUGGGACGAUGAAGUACCUACGAACCUCCAACUGGAAUGGAGGAACUUUACAGAUGAGCUACCGAACUUAAUCAAAUUCAGAAUGAACCGGCAUGCAUUUGGCGAUGGGGAGCUUCAUCUGCAUUGUUUCGCGGAUGCCUCAGAAACAGCUUACGGAACCUGUGCUAAUGUACGAUCGUUGACAGAGAAUGGAGACGUGAGAGUUGAGCUGCUUGCAUCGAAGUCGAGGGUGGCUCCACUACAAAGACGAACGAUCCCAAGGCUGGAACUAUGCGCUGCACAGAUGGCCGCGCUGUUGUAUCAUAAGAUAGUGACUGCACUGGACGUAAAAUUUCAAUCGACCUGGUUUUGGUCGGAUUCUAUGGUAGUCCUGCAUUGGCUUCGUGCACCCAGCCAAACCUGGAAAACCUUCGUCUCGAAUCGGGUUGCAGAGAUCCAAAACCUAACCCAUGGAUCUCGAUGGCAACAUGUAUCAGGGGCUACAAAUCCAGCGGAUCUUGUUUCCCGCGGAUUGUCAGUGGAGAAGUUUCUGGAUUGUUUGACAUGGAAACAUGGACUUAGUUGGCUAUGCAAAUCUCCGGAAUAUUGGCCGACGCAGAAACUGGAUGCAGAAAAUUUACCUGAUCAUGAAGUCGAGCGUAAAACAACUAGUCUUGCCGUGCAAAUCAAUACACCACAAAACCCGUUAUUGAAACGUUUUUCAUCGUAUAAUCGCUUAUUGAGAACGAUUUCAUAUUGUUUGCGUUUCGUUCAGAAAGCACGAAAAUCACCAAAGGUAACUUCAUCAACACUUUCUGUGGAAGAAUUGGAAAACGCCAAAUUCACUUUAGUGAAACUAGCACAAGCCGAAUGCUACACGUCAGAACUUCGUCAAUUUCGCAAAGGGCAAGCGGUUUCGAAAAGUUCUUCAUUGAAAUUGUUCAACCCAUUCGUGGAUUCCAUUGGGAUAGUGAGAGUCGGUGGCCGGCUCAAUCUUUCGAAGGAACCGUACGCGGUAAAGCAUCAAAUCCUGUUACCCGGAUUUCAUCACUUCACACUACUACUGUUAAAAUCACACCACCUGAAAUUACUUCAUGGGAGUAUCAACUUAACUUUGGCUGAAGUACGAAAGGAGUUUUGGCCAACAAAUGGGAGAAGAGCAGUAAGAAACGUGAUACGGAAUUGUUAUCGCUGUGCACGUGUUGACCCCCGACCAAUAAAGCAACCCAUUGGACAAUUACCUCCAGCACGUAUUACCCCUGGGCGAGCUUUUUCUACGACUGGAAUCGACUAUUGCGAACCAGUGUUUGUGAAGCACCCAUACCGCAAAGCUGCUCCAACAAAAGCAUACAUAGCUUUGUUUGUGUGUUUCGCUACAAAGGCCGUGCACAUUGAGCUUGUGGGAGAUUUAUCUACGGCAUCGUUCAUUUCUGCGCUUCGACGUUUCAUAGCCAGGCGAGGAAAACCUGAACACCUGUACUCAGAUAACGCUACAAAUUUCGCUGGGGCAAAAAAUGCGUUGAACGCUUUGUACCAGAUGUUCUCAAACCGCACUACAACCGAACAGAUAAGUACCAAUCUCACUACGGGGCCUCUGGGAGGCCGCCGUUAA